GUAAACAAACACAACGGCGCCAAAACAGAUCCGACCUGCCGUUUCCAAGAUUUUCUUGACUCCUGCCUCUUUUUUGCUCUCUCUACCACUCACCCUUCCAGAGAAAGACUAAACUCAAUGCUUUUUGCAUCAAAUUGGCCAGAACUCUUUUUUACCGAUGACCUCGUGAGUACGUUUUUGUCAUAAAUCAUGAGCAAACGACAAAACAAGUCAACAUUGGACGAGAGCCAGACGUCCCCUCGCAGUGGAAACAAUAAAGAGAACAAGAAAAGCCGUCCCAAGAAACCAAAAGAUGCUGAUAAUUUGGAAGCGCUUCGAGCAUUCAUGUCCCGGAACGGCAAACUCUACUCCGUCUCCCGACUGUUUCACGUGGAUUUUAGCGAGGUGUCCAUCAAGAGGUACAAGAAGAUCAUCAGGGAGCGAGUCAAGGGCGUGCUGAUCUCCAAAACGGGCACCGACUACAAAGUGGAAGCGACCUUCGAGGUGCAACCAGAGCUUGGAGAGACGAGUCACGACCACAGUUCGGUAUUCAUCCAGGUGUCUGUGAUUCCUCCAAGCCAAGACGAGGACGGCGAUGAUGAAUACCUCGCGGAAAAUGCCAAAACCAUGUACUCGGGCUAUCUGACCUGCAGAGGCCGCGACAAGGCAUACGCCUCGGUCUCGCAGCUGCCUCUUCUUCUCGCUUUUGCACGAACGGUGACCCUAUCCGCUUGCAUCAAUUCAACACUGCAGGUUCUGUUUGACUGCAUUAUCCGGCCCUUGGAGCUGUCCACCCAGGAGAUGGAACUGCUCUUUACGCAAUGCUUAGCCGCCACCACCAGAGAUGAUUCUAAAAUCGCUCUCGGCCUCAAUUUCCCGUGUUUCAAGAAGGACGAUGUGAUUGAGCUUGCACUGAGUUCAGAAAACUUUCCGCAUCUGAAAAAAUUAGUGAAAACUAGGCAGCAAUCUAGCGACAUGGCAGUUUCAAAAAAGCUGUUUGACAAGCUCUACCAGUCGCUGAACACGAACCUCAGCAUGGAUUUGCAGUCCUGUACCCUAAUCAAGUUCCAGCUGAGUAACAUUGUAUUGCACAACUCAGGCAAGUUUCUUGUUUCGUCGACUGCUGUUAUGGCAACGUUUUUAAAAAGUCUUUGCCACAUAUGUCUGCAAAAGGAAAUCCGACUGUUGCGUGACAUUACCGACAUUGUUAUUGGUGAGGACUGAUUUGGCGUGUGCUUCAUCAACAAAUUUUACUUGACGUCUUAUAUUUGUGAGUCAAUUUUUUUUAAUUUGUUGAUUUCAACACCAAAAUACUAUGAGAUUGAUUUUUAUAAAAGCGAUCCAAAA